AUGACUAAAGUUGCUAUAGCUGGUGGCAGUGGCGUUGUUGGCCAAUCUCUAGUGGAUAUAUUGGCAAGUCAGUCAAAGCAUGAAGGAAUUAUCCUUACUCGCAAGACAUCUAGCGUAGAUCUCGGUCUGCCUUCAUUUGUUGUUAACUAUGAUGACAUCACGUCAUUGAUAAAGUUCUUGGAAGAACAUAAAGUUGAAACUAUCAUCAGUGCUUUCGGCAUUAACGCAACCUCACUCUCGCGCUCCCAGGCCAAUCUGAUCAAAGCAGCUGAUGCAUCUUCUGUUACCAAGCGUUUCAUCCCUAGCUCUUUCGCUAUCAGGUACCCUCGAGACGGUCCUGAAAUCCUCCCGCCCCUGCAGUCCUAUUUUGACUCACUGCAAAUGCUACGUACUAGUAGUUUAGAGUGGACUGUUAUCCACAAUGGGACAUUCCUCGACUAUUUCUUCCCUUCAUCAGGCAUUAAGACACAUUACAAUCAUGGUACCGUUGUGGUCGAUAUGCUCAACAACGCUGCUGGCAUUCCCGGCACAGGCGACGAGCCCAUGGUAUUUACAUACACCUACGACGUUGCGAAAUUUGUUGUUGCGGCUCUCGACCUCGAAGCCUGGCCAGAAGAGUUGCGAAUCAUUGGCACGAAGUUGACUUUUAAUGAGCUGGUCAAGCUUGGUGAAAAGGCGCGAGGGGAAAAUUUCACAGUUGCAUAUGACGACUUGGAGAAAUUGAGAAGGUUUGAAAUCACGGAAUUGCCCGGUCACCAAAAGGAUUACUCCAAGUUCCCCAAGGAAGUACUCUUGCCGUUCCUCUCUAUUUUCCAGCGAUGGAUGGCAGAAGGAUAUGGUGACUUGGAAUAUAAGGGCUCCUUGAACGAAAUGUUCCCUGAUAUCAAAACGCUCACUGCACAAGAGCUCAUGCAAAGCUACUGGAAGGCAGAAUAG